AUGAGAACAAACGAGAUUUGUAAAGAACAAAAAGAUUUCUUAAAGAAUAGUAAAGAUCCUCGCUUAGCAAACUUCUUCAUAAAGUUCAAUUAUUAUAGUAAUAAAUUAGGUAUUCAAGAUUAUGACUUAAGAUUGAAUGAGAAUGGAGCUUCUUCAUCUGGAAUUAUCAAUAAUCAAAAGAAGAAUGAAAACUCAACUAGCAAUGAAAUUGAUGAAGAAGAUCCCUGUCAAAAUUCAGCUGUAAGCAUUCCAAUCCCAACAACACCUAUUCCUUUAUUUUAUGAUUCUAAUUCUUCAGGAAAAUCCCAAAUCAAAAAGAUAGAAGGUAUUACAGGUCUUGAUGAUUUGAUUUGUUUAUAUGAAGAGGAAGAAGUAUCAGACCCAGUUUUAAGAGAACUAGGUGUUGGGAGUGUUGAUUGA